AUGGAUCUACCACAUCCCGACCCAAAACAUACCGACGUAUGGCCUGCUACCCCUGCUAAUCCGUGCUGGAAGGACGCCUCGAAUGUUACCGCUAGCACUUCGGCUACUUCCCAGCGGAUCCUAAACGAGCACGCAGACCUGGCCGAAGCUAUCAGACUGUCACUCGAGCACCGGCAAGACUCGCUGCUUCAAAAGCGGCUACCAGUCGAGGGUGACUCAAGUGGACAGUCUCUGGAACUUGUGCUCAGCCUCAACAACGAGUUUGAUCCGCUGGAUCAACCGGAGGACGACGUGGCAAUCUACUUCGGUGCUCCACCACAAGAGGUUGGGCAGACAGAUCAGGACUAUCAGUACAUUAAGCAUCACUUUGAUCGUGUCCAUGUCCUCAAUUGGAGAACUCUCCGACUCAUGGGCGACGAGUCGAGGUUCACCGACAAUGAUUUGCUGAAUCCGACGAAAUCAUUCCGUGCGGAGCGAAGGUUGAGGAAAGAACACCGCAUCGUGCUUGAGAGGGCGGAAAGGAAGCACGGAGGGAAAUUCAGAUGCUACAUCGACCUUCGCCCGCCCAAGGAAGAUGAGGAAGCCGUGAUUCUCAUCACCGAACUCUCCUGCACUCGAGGCGUGCUCACGUGGCAUCACGCAAGAGAGCAUUACAAUCUCACACCUUUAUCCGUACUAGGUCAUGAUGACUUUGGAGGACAACCUCCAGCCCAAGCCGCAGGGCAACAAGCUAACCCUUCCGGUACCGUGGGAGAGACCCCAGCAGAUGCUACGACCAGCCCGCCCAACCUCUUGGAACUUGCGCGAAAGCUGGUUAAGGCACCCACAUCAUUGGCACCAAAUUCACAGCCAGCAGUCGCCGCAGAGUAUUCCGCCCUUCGCCACCAUUCUGCUCUCGAAAGACUGUUGCAGGCCAUCAGUGGGAAGAACCCAAAGCUCGACUCGGCUCCGAAGGUUUGGACGUUCUUCGCUCUUGCUCGUUACUUCGGCUGUGGUGCGCAUGAGCGCAUCGCGCGCUGGAUUACUACCUGGCUUUAUGCAGACAACAAUGCCAACUUCAUCCAAAAUAAUCCCGAAGUUGCGUAUCGAAUUGCCAUGGGCAUUAAGUCUCCAGAUCUUAUCAAGGCUUCAUUCUCAAUCCUGGUCGGCGAGCGAGCUCUCAUUGAAGUCUAUGGAGAACAGAGGCCAGACAUUCUCGCACCACUCCGCCAAAACGUCCAUGGCCGGAAGCUUGAGCUUCUCGAUGACGAUGAACGCAAUCGCAUUGAUCACGCAGCCUCGUCUCUUGUAAAGCGGAUCCGGGACAUCACCUCCCGUAUGUGCGAACACCUAACCUUCCUACGAGAGAGCGCCAUGUAUGACGUUCUUGAUAAGACUAUCGCAGAGACGCCGGAAGAGGCGUCGUUAUUGAUUUCAGCGAAAAAGACCAUCCACGAAUACGUGCGGUCAAGAAUCUAUUAUGUCCUCUGCCAGGAUCAAAAGCAUUUUGCAGAGCUAGAGCAGGAUGUGAAAUCCACUCUCAGAUUCCGAUCAGCUACGGCGAACAGCUUUUCUGAAGUGUAUAAGACCCUCAACCCAUCAACGAGGCCCUUCACAAAGACCUUUUGGCUUGCUUUACAGCAUACGCAAUUUGACAUUGGUCACACGAACAUCGCCGCUAAAGGCACUACCUCGUUUUUUUAUGACACCGAUCACACCCUCGAGUUCAAGGCGCUCUACCAAGAACAGCCAAUGUACGGCAUCACCCAGAUUCUACGGUCAACGUUCGACGAAAAGAUUAUUGAGGUGAAUCGGAUGUUGUGCGAGCGAGAGCUUGCGAAAAGCCGGAGCCUGAACGGCUUUGAGCAUCCUGUCUCUGAGAUGAGUCCAGGUGUCGUUCGCGAUCCCACUGACUUGGCGCUGGACAAACUUGCGAUCAAAACUCCCCCAAGAAGCCCUUUAUCUCGACGGGCAGAAGAAGGAUCUUCACCCACCAAACGUCGUAAGACCACCGAAGCCGAGAAAUUCCUUCAUGGUUUCUGGGAUACAGGCAGUUCAGCCCCUUCUUCCAGUAAUCCAGGUGCCACCAAGGAAGUAGCCUUCCCUGCCAGCCUGUCAAAUCUGGGUUCAGCCCCAGCCGCAGAAUUGGGAGGCGGAUCAGACUUGUUCUUGUCCUCGCCCGAUCGAGCGACCGCUCCAGCCGUAUCUGGGGAAUGUCGUGGCAGGAGCAGCGCUCGGAAAUCUACUUACGGAAAUCCAGCAUCCCCAACCCCGUCACUGCGAAGCAUCGAUGGCUGUCUAGCUUCGCAGGUAGAGAAGGCAGCUACAGUCCCGAGCAAAAGUCAAGCUACUCUUGCCUUGCGACAGAAGGCGAUGAGGAUGGAUGCUUCUGGUCCUGCCCAGAGGGGUAUUGAAGAUCAGCGACUCGAGGAGCAGCAACCAACAGUCGAGCAUAUACAGCCGGGGCCGACCCAGGCCACCGCGUGGACGGAAAAAGUAGCAGCGUUCCUCGCAAAACACAAGAGCCACAAGCAUAACUCAACCCCGCCCAGCCAUCUUGAGGCUAAACCAAUGGCGAUGAACAACACUGAGGAAGUAAUCCCCCCGGAACUUCCACCGUCAGCUUCAUUCUCAGAAAGUGAAGCAGGAGCAGGCAUUGGAAAUGGCUCGAACUCUAGCUCAAGCCCACCUGCCGCCACUAAAGAGCCACCUUCCACGGAGGCAGGUGAAAUGCCCGUGAAUCCUACACCGCAAACAGCAGGGUCGUUCCCAUAUAGCCAGAGGUCUUUCAAUGGCUCCCGCAAAUUCAUGUCUGUGCCUCAGCAGCCAUUACAACUGACCUCCGGAAGUAGCAGCCGCGCCGUCCAACAAGCCUUUUUGAAUAGCAACACCCGUAGACAGACCGAAUACCUGUCCGGCCACUGCAAAGCCACUCCCUGUGCAGAAUUGAGGAAGCAGGCCUUGUACCCUAUCAAUCCGCAGGAGAUGCUCCACGAAAUUGGCGCAGCUGUGGGGGAAAUCUGCUCUGGUGUUCUAUACCCGCCUCAUCUGUUCCAUCACACCGGCCUGUUGCCGACAAAUCUCGUCGACACCGUGCUCAAUCUCGGUGAGGAUGAAUUCCGGUACUUACCGCUCUGGGUGCCGGACGGCAACGAUGACGGAAGCGGUGGUGUGUUUGAUGAGACACCGGUGCCAAACAUAGAUCCCGCCAGAGUCACCUUCGAGUCUUUCGGCCCAGGGCGAAUCAGAAGACCCUAUGAUCAAGCCGAUUCGCCGAUCAGCAACAGUGACAGCGACAUUGAAGAGAUCAGCAGCAGUCAGGGCAUCUCGACAGUCGGCAAGGCGAGCAAACUAGCCACCGACGGGACACAUACGGUGACGAGUUUGUCCUCUGACACUUCCAGCGCCGAUGGCGGCAGCGCGGAUGCGGACGUCGUAGUUGUUGAUCCGGCACGCGAUCCCUGGGGCGGGGUCGAUGUCGAUUUCGGCGAAGGUGUUCCAAGUCGAAAUACCGCGGACGGCUCAGAAAUGACAGAUCCAGACACCGAACUUAGGACCUGCGAAACCGGCGAUGACGCCAACGAAGCCGACGUCGAUACCAUCAACGGGGACGACCCGCUUGAAAGGGAAAUGACGGCGAGCCUGCGGGCCUUCGUCGCUGGCGGCGAUGAUGCCGAGUCUGCCUCCAACGAGCCAUACGAGGGUAAUAAUACAAGCGAUCCAGACGCGCUCGAUAUCAAGCCUGCUGCUCACCCUGCAUUCCUCCACACUGCGGCGGCGGCGGCGGCGGCGGAGGAGGAGGAGGAGGAGGAGGAGGAGGAGGAGGAGGAGGCGGCCGAAGUGAAAGCGGAAGGAACUGGAGAAGGGAAAGAGACUGGGAGAGCAAAAGCGCAGAAUCACCCGUUCCUACCGCCGAAUCGGCACGAAGACGACGAAAUCCAACAUCACGCGCAGAUUCAGACCGCUCACUCCGCCCAGUCCGCCCAACUGACUUCCGACGUCCGACAUGGCGCCAUGCCGCACCCCCAGGAUGAAGACGAGGACGAGUACGAAUUUCUUUGA